GUAGUUCGGUUUGCGUUACAAGAAGUGAGCGCAUUGUCACAGUGCUCCGCGACUUCCAUAAGUGUGAAUAAUCAUAGACAAACAAAUCAAUAUUCCGCCUUUUUUAUUAAAAAAUACGGUUAUGGUUAACUGUUCUCAACUUUCUUUUCUAAAUUUAAACAGAUUUAUGUAUAAAUAAAAUGCUACGUAAAACAAACCUCUUCCUUUUUAAGCAAAUAUAGUUAAUAUUUAUUAAGUCUCAUAUAAAAAAAAAUAGUGAAAAUGGUGCAGAAGUUACAGUUGGAUCCAGUGACGCCGUCCAAAAGCAGAUUUAAGUCAGUCGUGUCACAACUACUAGCAUGUAUGGCACCAAAUCUUCUUCUGCUCGACCUUGGAAUGGCCAUUAGCUUCGCCACCAUAGCCGUGCCUGACCUUCUCAAUGCGCCAGAAGGUCUAUCUUUAAACGAAUCGCAGGCUUCAUGGUUCGGUAGUAUAUCGUUUCUCACGCAGCCGGUAGGAGCUCUCCUCUCCGGUCCAAUAGUAGAUUACUUUGGUAGAAAGAAGGCAACAUUUAUGGUGAACAUACCCCACUUGGUCGCUUGGAUCACCUUGUAUUUCGCGUGGAACCUGCCGAUGCUGUUCAUCGCCAACGGUCUUAUGGGAAUGGGUACGGGACUUAUGGAGGCGCCGAUCAAUUCUUAUGUUGGAGAGAUUACAGAACCAUCGAUACGCGGAGCGCUGUGCACUGUGACUCAGUUCUUUACCUCAAUAGGUGUAAUGCUAAUGUAUUUCCUCGGCACUAUUGUCAAUUGGAGGAAAGCUGCCCUAGUCAGUAUUGCUGCCCCUGUCGCCUCUAUGCUUUUCAUCCUUCUUGUCCCUGAAACACCAGUGUGGCUGUUAUCUCGAGGUCGUGAAAAGGAUGCCCUAAAGUCUCUCUGCUACCUCAGAGGUUGGACAAAACCAGAAAACGUCCGCGAGGAGUUCGAUCAGCUUACUGUUUACUCUAAGAAACUGCAACGUUGCGUCAUCUGCUGCAAGACUGAGGAAGACGAGACUAAAGACUGCGAACAUUACAAAAUGAAUUGUAUCAGGAGAUUCCUAUUGAAGUUCAGAUACGUGAUGUUAUCUAAGGAGACCUUGAGACCUUUCACACUGGUGAUCUUGUACUUCCUGUUCUCCUCGAUGAGCGGUCUGACACCCAUUCGGCCGAAUAUGGUCAACGUGUGUGGUGCCUUUGGCAUGGCUGACGAUGGGAAACACAUAGUGUUCGUGAUCGGAAUUUUGACGUUCGCCACCAGCGGGUUGACAAUAAUUCUAAUCAAGCUACUCGGUAAACGUAAACUGGCUAUAUCUGCCAUGUUUGGUUCAGCGAUAUUUUGCAUGGCCCUCAGCAUUUACGCCAAGAAAUAUCUCGAGACCUCAGUAUUCUCAUACGACACUAGCACUUUCCCUCAAGAACAGAGCUAUUUGCCACUUGUUUUGUUUUACUUCGUAGGUAUUUUCAAUGGGCUAGGUAUACCAUGGGUGCUGCUCGGAGAAGUCUUUCCAUUCAGGAGUCGUGCUGCAGCACAAGGCUUCGCAGCUGCCGGCAACUACAUCAUCAUGUUCGUCGGCUCCAAAACCUUUCUUAACUUCGAAACACAUUUCGCACUUGCUGGUGCCUUCGGUAUUUAUGCUGCGUUCGCGUACGCCGGCACAAUAUAUCUCUACUUUUUCCUCCCAGAAACAGAAGGCAAGACCUUACAAGAGAUUGAGGGUUACUACAGCGGAAAAUUUAGGCAUUUCGCCGACGAUCCUGUCAUAAAUUUAUUUAAGCGAUUCAAGAAAAAGUAACAGUGCAAUAAUUUUAUAUGUUAUGAAUUAUUUAAUAUUUAGCUUUAAGAACUAAUGUUAUUAUUCUUAUGUUUCUCACCUUUUAUUAACUAGAAGUGAAAAACAUGGAAUGGAUUAACCCAUUGCUUCAGCAAAGACGGUGUUCUCGACAAUUCCAAUUUCUUUGUUUGUUUUUAAUAGAAUCCGACACUAAUGUACCAAAUUCAAAAAUUCUUUCGCUUGUGGGAUGCUAGUAUUUAAAAUUUUCUGUUAUUAUGAAAAAUAUCGAUACAUCAUUUACAUGUGUGAAGUCUUAGCCUAAGCCUGUGAGAUGUGUACAUAUGUGAUAUUGCCAGUUGUUUUGUUAUUUAUCAGAUACUAACUACAUUUAUAAGAAUGCCAUUUGUCACACCUUCUCCACGAAGAAGACUUACUAGGAGUGAUAUUAACAUAGGUUUUCAACAGCGAGCAAAAUUCUAAUUCUGAUUCACUUAUUUUAAUGGUACUGAAGGUUUCAUUUGGUUUAUAUAAAGCUUUUUUUUUCAAUAAAAAAUCUCAUAGUUGUUGUUAGAAUCUUAGUUAUGAUUUAAUAAAAGUAAGUAAAUGAU